ACAGUAUAGUAAGAUUGAUACCUAAUGCUAGUUAUACUAUUGGAGUGAGAGCAUAUACUAGUAUUGGACCAGGAGAAUGUACUAAUGAAUUAUUCACAACUGAUAAAAUAGCAAGUAUAAGCAAUUUCAUUCUCAUACGUCUCAACUCAACUACUGUACAAAUAAAUUGGCUACCCAUUUUAGGGGCCAGUUACUAUACCAUUUAUUACAGCAGUGGGUUUGAUAUUGGCUCAAUAAAUGUUAGCAAUGAAACAAAUCAAAGUAUCAUAUCAGGACUAUACUCAUGCCUCAGUUACUCAUUUGAGAUGUCAAUGACUGUAGAAAUAAAUGGAACUCAUUACAAAGGACCUAGAACUGAACCAACAGUUAUUUCUACAGAAGUACCAACAGUGGGUUCAUGUUCAACUUACACUUCAAAAACAAUAACUAUGACAUCUCCUACUUCAACACCGAGUGGUGUUUUCAGUGAUGAAUUCAUAAACAUAUCAACUUUGUAUGUAUGUCCACCACUACUGGGUAUCUCUUUAUUUAUUAACAUGAUAUUUGUGUGUGUGAUGAUUGGAAUGUGCUGUAAGAAGAAAAAGGUAGCUUAUAAUGUCAAUGCUACCGGUACUAUAAGGCCCAUCAAAUUAAAAAAGGAUCCAGUACACAACUAUGCUGUCAUUGAGCCCCCAGUAAUUCAAAAUCCACAAGAAGUCGUAUACGAUUCUCCCUUGGAAUUGUCAUCAUUUGAACUUCAACCGAGAAUUCAACCUCCACCCACCCACUAUAGAGUAAUGGCAGAACAAGAAAAUCAGCAAUGAUAAAUUUUAUAUAUAAAACUCCAUGCACUAGCUGUGUUUGUUGGUAUAGGCACAUCAUUAGAUUGCAAGUAGCUAAUAUAAAGUUGUGUGUACUAUUAUUAUCUACAGCUAUUUUUCAUGUACAAUUAAAUCUUUGCUUGCAUCAGUGCAUUACAUUGUGUAACAGAA